AUGGCUGCCCUCAAGACGUCGGGGCAGCGAGCGGCCGAGGAGGGCGGCGGCGGCGGCGGCGUGGGGGCCCUGGACCGCUCCCUCCAGCACAUGCUGCGGGCCAUCGUGGAGGAGCGGCACCGCCUCGCCCUGGGGCACGACAUCGGGGGGCUCGGGUGUUUCAAAGAUGACCGCAUUGUGUUCUGGACGUGGAUGUUUUCCACGUACUUUAUGGAGAAAUGGGCUCCCCGGCAGGAUGACAUGCUCUUCUACGUCCGUCGAAAGCUGUCCUAUGUGAGCGGAGAUAAUACCGAUGGGAAGAAGCAGGUUGAAGUUGAGGUUUACCGCAGGGAUUCAAAGAAGCUGCCUGGCCUGGGGGAUCCCGAUAUCGACUGGGAAGAGAGUGUCUACUUGAACCUCAUCUUGCAAAAGCUGGAUUACAUAGUGACGUGUGCCGUGUGUACCCGUUCGGAUGGAGGGGACAUCCACAUCCACAAAAAGAAAUCCCAGCAAGUCUUUGCAUCUCCAAGCAAGCACCCGAUGGACAGCAAAGGGGAGGAAUCCAAGAUCAGCUACCCAAACAUAUUCUUUAUGAUAGACAACUUUGAAGAGGUAUUCAGUGACAUGACGGUCGGGGAAGGCGAGAUGGUCUGUGUGGAGCUGGUGGCCAGUGACAAAAGCAACACUUUUCAAGGCGUCAUCUUCCAAGGAUCCAUCCGCUAUGAAGCUCUCAAGAAGGUUUAUGACAACAGGGUAAGCGUUGCGGCGAAAAUGGCACAGAGGAUGUCCUUUGGCUUCUAUAAGUUCAACAACAUGGAGUUUGUGCGAAUGAAGGGGCCACAGGGAAAGGGUCAUGCAGAAAUGGCAGUGAGUCGUGUUUCAACGGGUGAUACGUCUCCCUAUGGAACAGAGGAAGAUUCAAAUCCUGGCUCACCUCUACACGAGAGAGUCACUUCCUUCAGCACUCCCCCAACUCCUGAACGCAACAACCGCCCCUCGUUUUUCUCCCCAUCCCUCAAGAGGAAAGUGCCCCGGAACCGAAUCGCUGAAAUGAAGAAAUCUCACUCGGCCAACGACAGCGAGGAAUUCUUCAGAGAUGAUGAUGAGGGAGAUCUGCACAAUGCCACAAACCUCCGGUCGCGGUCCUUGUCUGGAACAGGAAGGUCUCUUGUGGGUUCAUGGCUAAAGCUGAACAGGACGGACGAAAAUUUCCUACUCUAUGCACACCUAACCUACGUCACAUUACCAUUGCAUCGAAUUUUAACAGAUAUUCUGGAAGUGCGGCAGAAACCGAUUCUGAUGACAUAGCAGAGAGCUUGGCGCUGCCCUGGGACCCUCGCUGCCAAGUGCCUAAAACCAACUGUCAACAGUACCAUCUAGUGUCAGGAGUUGCAACAUUACACCGGGAAAAAAGGGAUGUCUUGGAAUUACCAGCCAAUCAAGAAGUGCCUCUUCCUUCUUUCCUUCCUCUGCUGUACAUCUUUUUGUGCUUGUUUUUUUAAAAAAGACUUUACCGUUGCAACUGGCAGCAACCUUUCCCACCACUACAACAGUUGGGGCUGUGUGUAAAGGAAA